CCUGCGAGUUGCAGCGAGUUGCCAAACCGUGCACGUGAACACUUGGAACACGAGGCGAGCACUUGGUCAUGGCCGAUUCAACAGCCACUCGCGAUAUGAACGUCGAUGCGGCGGGCGAGGCGCCAUCAGCGGAGAAAGUAGCAGGGACAUCUGGAUGCAUGGGAUGCGGCCUGGACAACAAUGCAGGAAGUAUUUUGCUAUGUGACGGCCAUGAGUGUGAUGCGGAAUACCACACUUACUGCUUGGUGCCACCGUUGGCGGAGGUCCCAGUCGGUGACUUUUUCUGUCCUGCAUGCAGUGGAACAGACAAGUACGAGAUCCGAACAGCCAAGGAGGGAAAAGAUGAUACCGACAACUUUGUUCUCGAGUCGACAUCGUCGCUCGGCGUGUUUCGGCGAUGGUAUGUGAAAAACAAGAAUAAAGUAUACUACAAACCAUUCGUCGCGCAAGUCGAGUCGAGUUCGGGACGUCCGAUUCGACUAGGGCUCUACCGAUCUGAAGAGCUUGCGGCUGAAGCAUACGACUGCGCGAUCCUGAGAUCCCAUGGCGCCGACGACGUGACGCAGCUCAAGCUGAACUACCCUGGCAAGAUUCAAAAGUACAAGGACAUUAUUUUGGCCACGUACAUUGCCCCGCCAAGCGACUCGGACAAUGACGAAUCGUCGGGGGCAGGACGGCCGCUUCGUCUGCGCAAGGCACUGCGCAAGAACAGUUUCAACGCGAUAGACAAACUGUCAUCAAAGAGAUCGCGCAACAAAGUCACCGACAAUGACGACAACGACAUGGCGAAGAAAGCUCGCAAGUCCUUCGACGAUGCCGCAUUGAGUGCGGGGGAAAUCCCGACCUCGUACUUGGGCGUCCACGUGCACGCGAAUUUCUCGGUCGCGCACUUAAAAAUCCUGGACAAAGUCGUGUUUAUCGGACGCUUUGACACCCCUGAACAAGCCGCUCUCGCGUACGAUCGGGAAGCGGUCCGUCAUUACUGCCGCGGCACGCCAUUGAAUUUUCCCGAGCGCCGCGACGAAUGGACUAAGGCCGCCGCCGUCGCCGACGUCACCCACGGCAAAAUCCUCGUCGUACCUGAAAAUCGGUACAACAAAAACAUCGACAAGCUGACGGCGUGGAUGCGCGUUGUCGGACAAUCGGUCAGGCUCAUCGAAGCAUCGCGACGCGUGCAUUGGCCGUCACUCGAUAUGGACGCCAUUGAGAAGGGGCCGAUUAUUAAGGAGGACUUUACCCGGCGUGAUAAAAAUAUACGCAAUUCGUGCUUGGCAGUGUUUGCGUGCGUCGACAGCAUCAUCCAGGAAUCCAAGUUUUACCAAGAAAAGUCGCCAAAUGGCAUGUUUCUGAACCCGCCCCCAGCUGGGUGCUUCCUCGAGCUAGUGGCCGCGCGGGCAUAUAUUUCGUAUUGUGAAGCGAUCAACGAAUUCUCCAAGUGCGCAAUGGACGAUACAAUUGAACUUACCAAAGCGCUGGCAGUUGUGUUGACGGCACGUGAGGACUACCUCAAGGCCAAGGUGAGCGAGGACGCCAUGUUGGACGAGUUGGACGAGUUCAUGGCCACCGCCAUCAAAUCUUUCAUGCCGAGCAGUGUUCCGCCGUCCGACAUUGCAUACUUUCCCAACUGCAGAUACGUCAAACGCGUCGUGGAAAUCGAUCAAGUUGCGACCCCUGAGUUGCCCAUCAACCAAGAAGCUACCACGUCGACUCCAAAGAUCAAGUCUGAAGGGCUUGACCUCAUGGCUACGUCCACCUUUUUCGAGCGGACCCCUGGCGAAUUUGUGGCUCACACAACACUUGACACCGACGCUGUGAUGGUGAACGAUGCCGGCGAAUGUGCGAUCUCGGACAGGAAGGACUGCUCGCUGGCCAAGAAAUCAAAGGACGAGUGCUGCUUGGCGAUCGAGUUGCAGGACGGCUGCUUUGAACUGUAUCCGUUGCUGACGCUGGAGCGUGUGGUUCUUGACGAUGGAGUGACCCCGCUGCGAUGGACAAAGGAGCAAGUUGACGCCCACGAGAUCGAAGAAGUGGACGCGCUCACGCAUGGCGUUGACAUUAGUCCGUCAUCCGCUGACGACAUUGUCCCCUACCUGUGCAUCACGUUUGUGCAUGAAAUGACUCUCCGUGCGCGCAACCGGGAAGAAGUCGAGGUGAAGGGUAAGAAGGCGGAAAAGUUGGCGGCGCUGAAAGCCAAGUUCAACGUGUUCAUGGAGGGGUAUCCCAAGACGAAGGCUGCGUAUGAACACAAUUCGAAAGCUAACCAUGUCGUUCAGCAGAACGCAGAGCGGGACAUUGCGUUGCUCGCAACCGUCGACGGCGUCGUCAUUCCGGCAGUCACGACCGCCUUGGCCACGUGCAUGUUGCACUUGAAGACGUACAUGGACACGCUGGAUGCACGACGAGACCAAUUUACGUCCGAGUUCAACUAUUACACGUCGGCGUUGUAUCAAGUCGUGGGAGCGGAGGACGUCCUCCCGUCGUUGAAAGCGAGUUACGUUGCGUUUUUCACCCAUGAGCUGCACGUGCUGUGGAAGGAAAAGGUUGCCUCGCUAGAAGUGUUGUACCUGUUGCUGCGCUCCAUGACCAAGGCUGCCGCGGAGGACGCCGACGCCGAUGACAUGCAAUCGUCCAUUCGUGCUGCCAUUGCGUCGUGGGAAGCGUUCGAGUGGCCUGACCUUGUCGACACGAUGCCAUACUUGACCACCACCCCAAGGUCCCCCCUUGCCAAGGUCAAGUCGGAACCAACCGUUGCGGUGGACGAGCUCAAGGUCGUAUUCGAAACCACGCUGGCUCACCGAGUCUAUGACAGCCCUCGCGGAGACUCGAAAGCACGAGUGACCAAGCCCCACACGCUUGUGUUGUAUCACCCCCUGUGCAUUCACCAUGAAACGCCGCCGGAGCACCCAGAGUGUCCUGAACGAUUGACGCGAGCGAUUGCCGUGCUCAAACCGUUGCUAGUCAAGUACCCCGAUGCGUUGUCGGUGGAGGCGCUGACCGGCACGGCGGACGACUUGUCGCCGCCCGAAACGACUUUGCUGCUAGUGCACUCGCCGAAUUACUUGGAUCGAUUGAAACAACGAUCCAAGGACGUGACGAGCGGAGCAGUCGUGUUUGAAACGGACCCUGGUGACGACAACGAUGGCAUCGAGUCCGUUGCCCCAGACACGAUCCGUCCGUUUGCAGCCAUCGGUGGCGCUUUCAAGGUCGCCGCGUCGAUCAAGAGAGACUCCGCCAUGGACACAUUCGUGAGCACGGCGUCGUGGGACGUGGCCCGCAUUGCUGCCGGUACGGUCUGCCUCGCAGUGGACAAGGUCUUGGCUGGCGAAUUUGUGAACGCCGUGUGUUUGGUGCGACCACCAGGCCACCAUGUUGGCCGCAACGGCCGCACACCCAACGCGCCGUCGUCGGGCUUUUGCCUUUUGAAUAACGUUGUGAUUGGCGCUCUGCACGCCCGCAUGCACCCGAGCGUGACCCGAAUCGCUGUGCUCGACUGGGAUAUCCAUCACGGCAACGGGACGGAGGAGCUUCUUCGAGGCGACCCGCGGUCCUUUUUUGCGUCGAUUCACCUGUACCACAAAGACUUCUUCCCGGGCACGGGGCCGUCCGCGUCGGAUGACAACAUUGUGAACGUCGGUCUGCAAAACUCUGGUCGUGGCUCUGGCUCCGAGGCUUUCCGCCACGCACUGACCCACGACAUCUUUCCUGCCAUGGAACUGUUCCAACCUGACAUCAUCUUUAUUUCUGCCGGAUUUGACGGGCACAAAGACGACAUCCUUGGUGGCUGCGCCGCCGUGUCGAACCACGACAUUCCCGCGGGCUACGUGGAAGACGUGAGGACUUACAAGCAUUGUUCGUAUGAUACAUGAACACGGAUAGGAUUAUGCGUGGGCAACCAAGGAAGUGCUGAAACUUGCAGACAAGUUCUGCAAAGGCCGCGUUAUAUCUGUACUGGAAGGCGGGUACGACGUGCGCGACGAAACGAACUCGUUGGCCAAAUCGAUCGAGUCGCACAUUGAUGCUAUCGUCGAGGGAGUGCUGGAAAUCAACGCCGCGGCGUCCGUCGUCGACUCUGGUGCGCCGCCAUCGGCUGACAGCAAGGACGUGAAGGUCGAACCCAAGCUUGAAGGUCGCCUGGCCCGCUUGCUCAGCCAGAACAUCAACGACCCGUCGAUCGUUUUGCUUGACGACGACAUGGCCGCAUGAGCCGUAGUCUAAAUGCAAUUUCGUCCUUCUUGCGUUCCUCCAUCUUCAUCCUCCACACGCGGCACGACAAUCACUCACACGAUUGGCCCAAAACCUACUAUAAUUAAUAUAUACUUCCUUU